CUUCUCUUACCCUAGUCCAGGUUAAGACACCAAACCCAGGUGGUGUCACAUUAGAUUGGCAUUCACGACCGACUCGCGAGGAUGCAGCUUGGUCAGCGUGUGCGCCCUUUCAGCGGCGCUUCGGCGACCAGCCGGCCUGCUCGCGCCAGCACCGUGAGCGUCCGGGCCUCCGCUGUGAAGCGUGACCCAAAGCAGCGUGUUGUCAUUACGGGCAUUGGCAUUUGCAGUGUUCACGGCAACGACCCGGACACGUUCUACAGCAAGCUGCUGGACGGAGUCAGCGGCGUUAAGACCAUCGACCGCUUCGAUGCGUCGGAGUUCCCUACCCGCUUUGCUGCCCAAAUCCAGAACUUUGAUGAUGAGGGCCUGAUCGACAAGAAGAACGCUCGCCGCUACGAUGACUGCCUCAAGUACACCAUGGUGAGCGGCAAGAAGGCGCUCAUCAUGGCUGGUCUGGAGAAGGAGCGCUGCUCGGAGGGCUACAAGCAGGUGGACCCCACCCGUGUGGGCGUGCUGGUGGGCAGCGGCAUGGGCGGCCUCACGGUCUUCCAGGACGGUGUUUCCAACCUGGUGCAGAAGGGCUACAAGAAGAUCUCGCCCUUCUUCAUCCCCUACGCCAUCACCAACAUGGGCGGUGCGCUGCUGGCCAUUGACCAGGGCUUCAUGGGCCCCAACUACUCCAUCUCCACCGCCUGCGCCACCGCCAACUACGCCUUCGUGGCCGCCGCCAACCACAUCCGCAACGGCGACGCGGACGUCAUGAUCGCGGGCGGCUCCGAGGCGCCCAUCAUCCCCGUGGGCCUGGGCGGCUUCGUGGCCUGCCGUGCGCUGUCCACCCGCAACGACGACCCCGUCAAGGCAUCCAGGCCUUGGGACUGCGACCGCGACGGCUUCGUGAUGGGCGAGGGAGCGGGUGUGCUGGUGCUCGAGUCGCUGGAGCACGCCACCAAGCGCGGCGCCAAGAUCUACGGCGAGUACAUGGGCGGCGCCGUCACCUGCGAUGCGCACCACAUGACCGACCCACGGGCCGACGGUCUGGGCGUGUCCACCUGCAUUGAGCUGGCGCUGAAGGACUCGCGCAUUGAGAAGGAGCAGGUCAACUACAUCAACUGCCAUGCCACCAGCACGCUGGUGGGCGACAUUGCCGAGGUGAAGGCCAUCAAGAAGGUGUUCACGGACACGCGGAACAUCAAGAUCAACGGCACCAAGUCCAUGAUCGGACACUGCCUGGGUGCCGCGGCGGGUGUGGAGGCAAUCGCAACCAUCAAGGCCAUCGAGACCGGCUGGCUGCACCCCACGCUGAACCAGCACAACCUGAUUGAGGAGGUGGCGGGCAUCGACACCGUGCCCAACGAGAAGAAGCAGCACCAGAUCAACGCUGCCAUCUCCAACUCCUUCGGCUUCGGAGGCCACAACUCGGUCGUCUGCUUCGCGCCUUUCCGCGAGUAAAGUAGGGCGGAGUAAAGAGGACGGAGCAAAGUGGACGGAGUAAAGUGGACAGGAGGGAGCUCAGGACUGAAGUCUCGGCAUCGGGGCGGACAUGUGCUGCGCGUGCUGAGGUACCGCUCGCGCCUGCAGCUGCCUGGGCGUCGCGUGCACUGCACCCGUUUCGUCGAACUCGCGUAACGUGUUGUGUGGCUGCGGUUGAGGCUGAGGUAAUGGGUGGCAAGCCGCAGUCUGGGCCUGUUGUAUGGCAUCAUACAACAUUUGCCUGCACGCCCUGACUGUCAAUGCGGCGGCGUCUUGGGCCUUAAUGCUCUGACGGCGUGUGUGUUGCGUGUGGAUGUUACGGGCGUUGCGUCGGCGUUACGAACCAUGCUGUUUACGGAAAUCGCUAUGCGUGGAGCCUGGAGGUGCCUUGCGAAGGGACGACUGGGGAGGUUAGGGCUGCGCCUGUGGGUCAAGGCAAGGGCUAAGGUUGCCAGGGAAUCCAACCUUCUGCGUCUGUGGGGGCAGGGGUGUGUGCGCUGUGCAGCCAGCCGUGAGCCUUGAAGCCCUGCCGCGUCGUUGCCCUUGCUGGUAGCUGAAAUGCGGCCGGUAGGCUUACCUCGGAACCCGCCUGACUGCUGUGGCUAGGGGUGUGAACGUGUGAUGGUUUGCAGGACAUGAGCAAGGGGGUAUCGCUGGGAGUCGCUGGGGCAUGCGAGCCAUGAGAAACUUUAUAUGAGGACAUUACGGGUGCAAUUAACUGGGUUCAUGCGAUCUGCGUAGUCCUAACACGUCUUACGUGCGGG